AGAGAAAGAAACAUCGCUUCGAACUGUUUAUCCUGACGUCAGUUUGAACGGAUCGCACUGCCCCCGUAUCACUUCACGCGACUCUCAACUGAGCUUCGGCUGGAUUUCGGGAAUCGAUGAACGGGAGCGAGUCCACAACUUCACCCGUUCAAACUACUGGAGCCACUGAAAUGAUUUCGACUUGUUUUCCCAACUGGACUAACAACGGAAAAUGAAUACCUGCGCCUUUCUCUUGAUCCUGGCUGUUCAGAUCCACGCCGACAGCGUAGAGGGACCAACAGCGGGCUGUACGUUUGAUGAGGACUCGGACCCCAGUCUGUGUGAGUUCAGCCAAGGGGAGGAGGAUGACUUUGACUGGCAGCUGUUUCGCGCCCAUGCCUCGCCACACUCCACCUCUGAUCUCCUGCGCGGCUCCUACAUGAUGGUCAACUCCUCCCAGCAUGCAGCGGGGCAGAGGGCUCAGCUUUUGCUGCAGACGUUAAGUGAAAACGACACACACUGUGUGCAGUUCAGCUACUUCCUGUACAGCAGAGACGGCCACAGCCCGGGGGCGCUGCGGGUUUAUGUGCGGGUCAACGGCGGGCCGCUUGGCAUUCCGGUGUGGAACGUCUCUGGCUCCCGCGGACGACAGUGGCAUCAGGUGGAACUGGCAGUCAGCACUUUCUGGCCAAAUGAGUACCAGAUUCUGCUGGAGGCGACUGUGGACCGCAAGGGCUACAUUGCAGUGGACGACAUCCUCCUGCUGAACUACCCCUGUUAUAAAGCCCCUCAUUUCUCUCGUCUGGGGGAUGUGGAGGUCAAUGCUGGACAAAACGCCACUUUCCAGUGUGUGGCAGCUGGACGUCCCUCUGAAGCUGAGAAGUUCCUUUUGGAGCGGCACAAUGGUGAAGUGUCUUCAGGUGGUUCUGUCAAGCACUUGGGCCGCAACCGAUUCGCAGUUUCCUUUCAACUGGAGGACGUCCAGAAGCCGGAGCAGGACCUUUACCGCUGCGUCACCCAGUCCUCCAGAGGCUCCGGCGUCUCCAACUUUGCUGAACUCAUUGUCAAAGUUCCCCCAUCGCCCAUUGCUCCACCACAGCUGUUGAGAGCGGGUUCCACGUAUUUGAUUAUUCAGCUAAACACCAACUCCAUUCUGGGUGAUGGCCCCAUCAUCCGGAGGGAAAUUGAAUAUCGGGCCAGCCUAGCGCCUUGGUCGGAGAUCCUUGGGGUUAACAUGGUUACCUAUAAGCUGUGGCACCUGGAUCCAGACACGGAGUACCAUAUAAGUGUGCUGCUCACCCGGCCAGGCGAGGGUGGCACUGGGCCACCUGGACCUCCACUCAUCAGCAGAACCAAGUGUGCAGAGCCCAUGCGGGCGCUGCGUGGACUCAGAGCCUCGGAGAUCCAGUCGCGGCAGCUGACCUUGCAGUGGGAGGUGCCGGCCUUCAACCUGACCCGCUGCCACACGUACUCCGUCUCAUUGUGCUACCGCUACACGACUGCAGGGGGCGGCGGUGGGCACAACACCACGGUCAGAGAAUGCCUGGCUGUGGAGCACAACACUUCGCGCUUCACCCUCAGAGAUCUGCCUCCUUUUCACACCAUCCAAAUACGCCUGGCACUCGCCAACACCGAGGGCAAGAAGGAAGGGAAGGAGGUCAUGUUUCAGACUGAGGAGGACAUUCCUGGUGGAAUUGCUCCAGAGUCUCUUACCUUUACGCCUCUAGAGGAUAUGAUCUUCCUGAAGUGGGAGGAACCGGUGGAACCCAACGGGCUCAUCACACAGUAUGAGAUCAGCUACCAGAGCAUUGAAUCAUCAGACCCCGGGAUCAAUGUUCCAGGCCCGAGGCGCACUGUAUCCAAGCUGAAGAACGAGACGUACCAUAUGUUCUCCAACCUGCAUCCUGGCACCACCUAUCUGAUUUCAGUUCGGGCGCGCACCGCCAAAGGCUUUGGCCAAACAGCUCUCACUGAGAUCACCACCAACAUCUCUGCCCCAACGUUUGAUUAUGGAGACAUGCCAUCUCCAUUAAGUGAGACAGAAAGCACCAUCACAGUCCUGCUGCGUCCAGCACAAGGCAGAGGAGCUCCUGUGAGCACAUAUCAGGUUGUGGUGGAGGAGGAAGCUGGAAGGAAAGUGAAGAGAGAAUUGGGUAUUCAGGAUUGUUUUCCCAUUCCUACAUCGCAUGGUGAGGCUCAGGCCCGUGGAGCUCCACACUACUACACAGCAGAACUGCCUCCCAGCAGCCUGUCUGAGGCCACGCCGUUCACUGUCGGUGACAAUCACACAUACAACGGCUACUGGAACAGCCCUCUUGACCCCCGGAAAAACUACCUCGUCUACUUCCAGGCCAUGAGCAACUUCAGAGGCGAAACAAGGAUAAACUGCAUCCGCAUCGCCCGUAAAGCUGCUUGUAAAGACCAUCAGCGAGCUCUGGAGGUCACUCAGCGGUCAGAGGAGAUGGGACUCAUCCUGGGAGUGUGUGCUGGUGGACUGGUGGUCCUGAUACUACUGCUGGGAGCAAUUAUCAUAAUCAUUAAAAAAGGAAGGGAUUACUACUCAUACUCUUAUUAUCCUAGGAAGCCGGGGAACAUGAAUAAGACCCCCAUUACGUACAGGCAGGAGAAGAGUAAUAUGAUGGGUUCCAUGGAGCGCAGUUUCACUGAUCAGAGCACUCUGCAGGAGGACGAGAGGAUGGCCUUGUCAUUUAUGGACACCCAUACGUGCAGCACUCGCAGCGAUCCACGGAGCUCCAUGAAUGAGUCCAGCAGUCUGCUGGGGGGGUCACCUAGGCGUCAGUGUGGCCGUAAAGGAUCUCCUUAUCACACGGGUCAGCUUCACCCAGCUGUGCGUGUGGCUGAUCUGUUACAGCACAUCAACCAGAUGAAAACAGCUGAAGGUUAUGGAUUUAAACAGGAGUAUGAGAGCUUCUUUGAUGGCUGGGAUAUCAAUAAGAAGAAGGAUAAAACUAAGGGAAGGCAUGAUACCCUAAUGGGUUAUGACCGUCACAGGGUGAAACUGCACCCGCUGCUCGGUGAUCCAAACUCUGACUAUAUCAACGCCAAUUACAUCGAUAUUCGGAUAAACAGGGAAGGUUACCAUCGAUCCAACCACUUCAUCGCCACUCAGGGGCCCAAGCAGGAGACGGUGUAUGAUUUUUGGAGGAUGGUGUGGCAGGAGAACUGCUUUAGCAUCGUCAUGAUCACCAAGCUAGUGGAGGUGGGCAGGGUGAAGUGCUGUAAGUAUUGGCCGGAUGAGUCAGAGAUGUACGGAGACAUUAAGAUCACGCUACUGAAGACAGAAACUCUGGCGGAGUACACCGUGAGAACGUUUGCCCUGGAGCGGAGGGGAUACUCUGCCAAACAUGAGGUGUGUCAGUUUCACUUCACAUCAUGGCCUGAGCAUGGAGUCCCAUACCACGCCACAGGUCUGCUAGCCUUCAUUCGGCGGGUCAAAACCUCCACACCACUGGACGCAGGCCCUGUGGUGGUGCACUGCAGUGUGGGGGCAGGCAGAACCGGCUGCUAUAUAGUGCUGGAUGUGAUGUUGGACAUGGCAGAGUGUGAAGGAGUAGUGGACAUCUACAACUGCGUGAAGACCCUCUGCUCUCGCCGCAUCAACAUGAUCCAGACAGAGGAGCAGUACAUAUUCAUUCACGAUGCCAUCUUGGAGGCGUGCCUGUGUGGGGAGACGGCCAUUCCAGUAAAUGAGUUUGCUCUGGCUUAUAAAGAGAUGCUGCGGGUGGAUUCUCAGAGCAACUCUUCACAGCUGCGAGAGGAGUUCCAGACACUAAACUCUGUGACACCUCAUCUGGACGUGGAGGAGUGCAGCAUUGCCUUGUUACCACGAAAUCGAGAGAAGAACCGCAGCAUGGAUGUCCUCCCACCGGACAGAGCCCUCGCUUUCCUGGUAACCACCGAGGGCGAGAGUAACAACUACAUUAACGCAGCACUGAUGGAUAGCUUCCACCGGCCUGCUGCCUUCAUUGUAACCCCCCAUCCGCUGCCCGGCACCACCUCUGACUUCUGGAGACUUGUGUUUGACUAUGGCUGCACCUCUGUGGUCAUGCUGAAUCAGCUCAACCAGUCCAACUCUGCCUGGCCGUGUGUGCAGUACUGGCCUGAACCAGGUCUUCAGCAGUAUGGGCCUAUGCAAGUGGAGUUUCUGUCCAUGUCUGCAGAUGAGGACAUCAUCACCCGACUUUUCAGAGUCAAAAAUGUGACAAGACUGCAGGAGGGUCAGCUGGUUGUGUGCCAGUUCCAGUUCCUGCGCUGGUCUGCGUAUCGUGACGUGCCUGACUCCAAAAAGGCCUUCCUCAACCUGCUGGCCAGCGUUCAGAAGUGGCAGAGGGAGUGUGGAGAAGGUCGUACGGUGGUCCACUGCCUGAACGGCGGUGGCCGGAGUGGAACUUACUGUGCCAGCAACAUCCUGAUGGAGAUGAUCCAGUACCAAAAUAUCGUGGAUGUAUUCUACGCCGUCAAGACCCUUCGUAACGCCAAGCCCAACAUGGUGGAGACACUGGAGCAGUAUCGUUUCUGUUAUGAGCUGGUUCUGGAGUAUUUGGACUGUUUAGAGGUCAGAUAGCGGAUUCCCCUUCUCCAAAUCCCCCAUGCUGACCUCACUGCAUGGAGCAGGACCACCAGCAGGCUCAAUCAUACCCCUUACCUCCCUCUGCUGCCCUACUUUCUGCCAUCGUACCUAGAUCCAGAUGAGACACACACAAAAAAAAAACAAGAAGUCAAGUUCUCUGCCUUUUUACCCCAAACAUCCAAAUAGGUUGUGUUCUUUCAGUUUCGGAUAUUUUCAGCGAGCCUGGCUUGGUGCGGUGUGGUUGCUUUAGCUCUGCUCACAGAGAUAGUGUGCCGUUUCUAAAAACAGCGGCUUUAUUUUACACCUGCCUGUUUAUCUCCGACGUUCUGGACUGAAGAGCCGAAAUAAACAUCUCUUGGAGAAGAUCUUCUCUUCAUGUGGAGUUGAAAGUCGGGCGUCUCUACCGUGGCUCUUAAAAACAGGAGUCAGGCACCUGCAGUGCCCAUUUUAAAAGAGGACAACACAAACACACAUGCAUGCACAUCCCCACACACACACAGAAUCAGCCAGCAGACAACUUUCCAUCAACUGCCUAUCAAGAAGCAGAUGCCUCUUCGGCAACGUUUCCAGCAACAGCGAUACAAGUUUUCCUCUCGUCUGAUUGGUUAUUGUAUCAUCAGAGGCGGAGUUUGUUACUAUAUAUGGUGCCAUAUGAGGAAAUUGACGGAAGAGUCAGAUGGCCAUACUUUGGCUUUUUUAUCUUGUUGUGACUGUUGUCUUUUUCCUCUCACUUGUAUAUGUAUAUAUAUAUAUAUAUAUAUAUAUAUAUAUAUAUAUAUAUAUAUAUAUAUAUAUAUAUAUAUAUAUAUAUAUAUAUAUAUAUAUAUAUAUUAUACACAUACAUACACACUUAAUGUCUGCUGGAAAUCCCUUACGUCUUAAGGUGUAAGUCUCAAGUGCUAACAGUGGCCCUGUGUGCUUAAAGCGAAGGAAGUACAUUAAGAAGGGGCAGACGUGAUGGCAUUGUAAAGCUUGCGAUGGAUUACACCCUGACCUUUAUCCUCUCACUCAGUGGUUUUGAGAGAGCGCAGUUAAUAGUCUUUUUACAACGGGAACAGUAGAUGAAACUGUGUCAGACGUGAAGAGAAAGGACCAAAAGGAACACCGGCAAAUCUUCUUCUUUUCACUCGUAACUAUUUAUCGGACUGACUCGUGUUCUCUGAGUGGAUUUUGUUUAACAAUUGUGCAGCUUUGAGUGUACAGCUGAAUCCUGGGCUCGAGGUUCAUCAUAGCAUCGCUUUAUGUUUAUCCACGUUCAAGGUACAUUUAUGUUCCAUCGCAGUGUGUGAUGGCUGUUUUCUUACAAUAGCAGGACAUGUGAUAAGUGUGCUUUCCAUUAAUACAGUAUACUGUAGAUCAUUCAUUUCAAGCAUCGGAGAUGCAAAUCCCAUAUUUGAAUCAUUAGAUUUGGCCAUUCACACCUCAGAGGUCUUUAUGCUUAUUAAAAUUCUCGAAAGCAAAAUAUUACAGUUUAUAAUUCACCCAUAUUUUAGCAUGCUUUAAAGUUGACACUUGUUUUUAUUGGUUUUAAAUACAGUUUAAUUUAAUAUCAAUUUGACAAAUUUGAGAUUUCUCUUCUUUUGGGCCAUAUUGUUUAAAAUAAUAUUAUAUAAAUAGCUUCAGUUGAUUAAAUAAGGCUGUAUUUGUCAUUUUAAGCAUUUAGAUUGAUUAUUUCUAUUAGAUUUCUUUUUGUAUUAGGGCUUUAAAUACAGCUCAUAUAAACUUGAAAUGACCUUCUGAGGGUAAAAAUCUACAUUUUUAUGAUGUUGAGAAACCAUUGUUCACUGUCUAUUAGUUCAUCAAAUAAUCAUUAUUUUCUAAGAGCUACUUUGUGUUUUAUUCAUAGAAGUUUCCACCGGACAUUUUAGUGUAGGUAGAACAGUGAUGGAAAUACAAACUGUAAUUACCACUAAUUAAUGACACUACUUUAACUACAAACUCUAAAUACAAAUGGUCAGAGUAUCCCCAUCAGUAUUACAAACACAUCUCUGAAACUGUUAUGACCCCAACUGUGAAAUUGCCAUAUCAGCAAGAUGCCAAGUUAGCAAACCACAGAGGCAUUUUCCCAAUGAUUACAUUAGUCUGCAUUAAGCUUCUCAGAUGUCAACAUGACACAGUCCACCCCAAUAUAUGCCUGAUAACCAGCUAGUUAAAGCAACUUCUGCCAUUAUUUACUAAUCCUCAUGCUGUUCCCAAACACCUAGUACUUAAAUUCUUACUGAAAAUGCAAAAGGAGAAGUUUUAGAUGAAUCAUUACAGCUUGGGACAAGAUGAUGGUAGACUAUUCAUUUUUGGCUAAACUGUUCCUGUAAGACAGUCAUUGAAAACAUGUUUGAAAAGAAAUUUCUGUGAUUGAUUUUUCACCAACACUCCCCUGUUGACUUUCUUGGAAAGUGCCUGGACACUCAGAGUUCAAGUGGAAGGUUUGUGUACAUAUAGAUGUAUAUUUGUGUUCUGUGAAUAGUAUGUGAAUCCUGAAGUUUGUUCGGCCAGAUUUAACCAUUUAAAAGUAACAGAAAGAGUUGAAUGUACUGUACUUUUUUUCUGAAAAUGUCGCCAAAAGAUUUGACACAUGCUCAGUUUAGCUGAGGAUGAUCUCUAAAAGCCAUUCCAAAGUCGCCCCUUCUGACGGCCCAUACAGUCACUUUAAAACCAUUCAGUGAUUGCUUUAUUAUUGUUUUAAUGCCAUGCUCAUCCCAAAGACAUUAGCCAACUUCUAAUGGUAGUCACUAAUUCUGCAUAAUUAUUGUCCUUGUUGUUUCAGUAUGCAGAGAAAGGAAGGACUUGUUGACAGAUGUUGAGCCAGGUUCUUGUUUUUUCGUGCGUUUUUGUUUGUUUGUUUGUUUCCAAGUGUUUCUGUAUGAUACUGAAUGGACUGAAAAAGAACUGUGUUUUUGACCAUGUGUUUGUGGGACAGGAAGAGGAUGCAGAGGUAUAUAUCUCACGGGGAACUGAGGGUUGGGGUGGGACGGGGUCUUCAGACAACAAUAAAAUGUUCUAAGACUGUAAA